GGCCUGCGCGGCUCGUCUGCUCUUUGGGGUGCAGCACCUUGGGCGGCUUGCUCUGCCAUCGCGGGUCCCUGGAGCCGGCCUGUGUGCGUUCUAGCCUCUAGUCGCUCGUCGCUGCCAGCGCUCCGACCGUUGCUGGGCGUCCCGGGGCGCAGGCGGCGCUCUCCCGUUUACUAGCGAGACCGAGCCCGUGGUAGCAUCCGGCAGGGAAAUGGUCGUGGUUUCGGUGCCCUCCGAAGUCACAGUUAUCCUGUUAGAUAUCGAAGGUACCACAACCCCGAUUGCUUUCGUGAAGGACACUUUAUUUCCGUACAUCAAAGAGAAUGUCAAGGAGUACCUGCAGACACACUGGGAUGAGGAGGAGUGUCAGCAGGAUGUCAGCCUGCUGAGGAAACAGGCUGAAGAAGAUGCGCACCUGGAUGGCGCUGUCCCGAUCCCCAUGGCGUCUGGAAAUGCGGUGGAUGAUCUCCAGCAAAUGAUCCAGGCCGUGGUGGACAACGUGUACUGGCAGAUGUCUCAUGACCGGAAGACCACGGCGCUCAAACAGCUGCAGGGCCACAUGUGGAAGUCGGCUUUUGCAGCAGGCCGCAUGAAGGCAGAGUUCUUCGCAGAUGUGGUCCCAGCAGUCAGAAGGUGGAGAGAGGCUGGAAUGAAGGUGUACAUCUAUUCUUCAGGGAGCGUGGAGGCUCAGAAGCUGCUCUUUGGGCAUUCCACAGAAGGGGAUAUCCUUGAGCUUAUCGACGGCCACUUCGAUACCAAGAUUGGACACAAAGUGGAGAGCGAGAGUUACCGGAAGAUUGCAGAUAGCAUCGGGUGUUUAACCAGCAACAUCUUGUUUCUCACAGAUGUGACUUUAGAGGCCAGUGCUGCUGAGGAAGCAGAUGUGCAUGUCGCUGUGGUGGUGAGACCCGGCAACGCAGGACUAACAGACGAUGAGAAAACAUACUACAACCUCAUCACGUCCUUCAGCGAGCUCUACCUGCCGUCAACAUAGAGCAGGUUCUGAGGAAGACUAAACUGUCCCCCUAAUGUCUAGCUUUAUUCUAAUUGUAAAAGUAACUUACUUGUGUGUACACACAGACACAUGCAAGUGUAUAUACAUGUCUGUGUGCUCAGAUUAAUUUCCAUGGCACAUGUGUGAGCAAAAUAGUUCUGUGAGAACCAAAUUCAUGUAAAGAUACUUUAUGUGUGGACCAUAACUCUAAGUCUUACCAAGGCCAGAGUGUAUUUGAUAGAAGAAAAUCAAAUGUGUGAUAUUUAUCAAAUUGUUUAUUGAAAUGGAAAGCUAGUUUUGAGAAAUUAUUAUCCAGAGACCUUGUUAUUUUAAAAACUGGAAGUGCUUCACAGGCAUUCGUAAGAGGAACCCCCAACCCUGCCUUGUGGACUGCUGCACUCAGACUUGCUUCCCGUGUGCACGAGACAGAGCCGUUGGUUCUGCUCAGGGAAGGGGAAUUGGUUUUGGCCAGUAAGGUGUCAGAUGGCGCUAAGCAGCGUGUCCGCGGAGCAGCUGCCGUGGCGAUGGCUCCGCCCCCCGCCAGUGUUAGCACCAUUCUACAGUUGCCUUCUUAUGUCUUAGCAUAGCUUGAAUAUAUGCUAAUGACUAUUUUAAAAUGUCUUAUUGAGACCAGUGUAACACCACGAAGAACUCUAAUGUGUAAUAUUUCCUCUGGAAUGGAUGUGCUAGAUGUACAUUUUAUGACAGCAUUGUUUAUCCCAAUGCUCUCCUGACAGGGCUUCAUGUCCGUGUCCUGGAAUUAAUUAAUAAAGGCAUUUUCCUCUUUCAGUUUCAUAUAGAUUGUGGAAUGUAUGUCAUGCUGCCAGAAGCAAAAAGGAAAGUAAGCCUGGAGCAGCAGAACAGCUGGACUUUUAAUUUUUGCACUCAGUGUGUGAUACACAUGUCUCUUUUAACAGGUUAUAAAUGAAAAUCAUUACCUAGCUUCCACUUGUAUUUAAUUCCAGCAGUAAGCAUUCAUGUAUGAGUGAAUGUUGUAGCAGGCCGCUUGUUCGUCCCAGCUAGCUUAGACCCGAAAUAAUCACACAGGAACUGUA